AUGACGGUUCGUGGGAUCUUUUUGUUUGCUGUAAUUUUAUUACCGGCAUGUUUUGGUCGCCAUGACAAACCAAAGCUGACCAUUAAGGCGUUGACCUUCAACACAGGGCUUCUUGGGGUUGUAGAACAGAAAAACCCUGACCAUGAAACUAGCCGCGAGGAUCGACGAGAUGUUACCAUAGAGGCCGUGCGCAGCUCCAACGCUGAUGUUGUGUGUCUCCAAGAGAUAUCGCUUGGGACGGACAUCGAGGCCUUCGUCCGAGGUCUUGCCAACGAAUAUCCUCACUCACAGAGCCAACUUCACUUGUUCAAUGGACAGCUUCCACAGCAGGCCGGGGUUCAACAUAGCGCUGUUUGUUCUGCCGUUGCUACCGCAGCCUUGGUAGGAUGUUCGUUUGCCAACAACUGUACUGCCCUUAUAGGCACAUUUUCAAGCUCUGUGAAAUUUGUUGCAUGCCUUGAGACUUCCUGUGGAUCGGAGUUACAGAACCUUAUACAAUUUAGUGGACUACACUGCUUAUCUUGUCUUUCGUUACAAGUUGCCAUCGAUAUCACAAAAUUGCUCGAAGUCUGUGCCUCCCCAGUGCCGUCCGAACAGUCACUGACGAUCAAUUCUAUGGGGUUGCUGUUGUUAUCGAAGCGGCCAUUGAGUGUAAGACAGUCCGUCUUAUUCUACCCGAACAUUCCUCAAUUUCUGUCCCGAGGAUAUCUUCGAAGCAAGUGACCAACACCUAUCGGGUGAGGUACCGACCUCUUUACUCCUAGA